AUGGCGACCGAAGACGAGCGCUACCGCGAGUCCAGCCAGUUCCGGCUCUGGUCCUUUGCGCCGGCGAACCUGCAGGACCUGCGCGAAAAGACCAACUCGCUCGCCAAGCAGCAGAUCACGGCGCGCCUGACGCCGACGCCCGAGUUCCUCACGACCGACGAGGAGGCGCGCCUCGUCAAGUUUUUUACGGUGGAGCUGAUCCGCGCCGCGCAGUUCUGCGAGCUGCCCACCGAGAUCCGCUCCACGGCCGCCAUGUUCCUGCGCCGCUUCUACAUCACCAACUCGGUCAUGACGUACCCGCCGACGGAGCUGCUCAAGACGUCGCUCUUCUUUGGCUGCAAGGCCGAGGGCUUCUACAUCCGGCUGGCCAAGCUGGCCGAGAAGUUUCCCAACACGUCGAGCGAGCAGAUCCUGGCGGGCGAGUUUCUGCUGUGCCAGGGCAUCCGCUUCGCGUUUGACGUGCGCCACCCGUUCCGCGCGCUCGAGGGCGCCAUCCUGGAGCUGCGGCGGCGGCUGCCCGACGAGGAGGCGCGCGUCAGCAGGGCGCACGCGCGGGCGCGCGAGAUUCUCAAGUUUAGCGCGCUCGUCACCGACGUCUACUUUCACUUUACGCCGAGCCAGAUCAUGAUGGCGGCGCUGCUCAUGGUGGACUCGGGGCUGGUCGACACUCUGCUGCCCCGGCCCGCGGCGCCGCACGACGACAACUCGCCCGUGGGCGCCAACACGGACAUGCACGAAAAGAUAUUGACGGCGGUCGAGGACUGCCGCGCGAUGCUCGAGGACGAGCCGCCGGAGCGGAUGGCGGAGUACUGGGGCACGCCCGAGAUUGUCAAGUCGAUGAAGCCGCUGCGCAAGAAGCUGCAAAAGUGCCGCGACCCCGACCGCGCGGACCUGGUGGCGCUGCAGCGGGCGCGGCGGGAGCAGGCCGCGAAGCCCAAGAAGCCCGGCCCGGCCGAGUCGGCCAUGUUCGGCGAGGACCUGCGGGACGUGAAGCGGCGCAAGGUGGACGGCGACGACGUGUUUGGCGGUGCGCUGUGA